GGGUCGCCGAGGCCGCCCCGCGGCGGCGCAGGCUUCGGGCUGUGCUGCUGUCCGGUCUAUGGAGUCAGCGGGUGGCCGCGGCGUCGCGGAGGCCAGCGGUGCUGCGCGAGUCGGGGCCUGCGGCCCGCCAGGAUGCUGCCGGGCUUGGCCGCCGCCGCUGCGGCCCACAGAUGGAGCUGGGCCUCCGUGUGCCGGCUCCGUCUGCGCUGCAGGGCGGCGGCCCGCGGCUCCAGCGACCGCCUGGAAUGGCAGAAUGUGGUGACAUUUGGACGCUUUGCAAGUGUAGCUCCUUGUGGUCAACCAUAUGCUUGUAUGCUGAGUCCAGUAAAGCUCUACUCUACAAAUGUCCAGAAAGAAGGGCAGGGCUCUGAAACUCCCAGAGUGGGAAAAGUGCCAUCGUUUGACGAAACAGUGGAAAAUAUAGGCGCAGAACUCAAGGCUCCACUUAAAGAACCGCUCCAAGUAAGAGUCAAAGCAGUCCUUAAGAAAAGGGAGUAUGGAUCUAAGUAUACACAGAAUAAUUUCAUCACUGGAGUCAGAGCGAUCAAUGAGUUCUGCCUUAAAUCCAGUGAUCUAGAACAGCUGAGAAAAAUCAGGCGGCGAAGUCCUCAUGAAGAUACUGAGUCUUUUACUGUGUACCUGAGAUCGGACGUGGAGGCAAAAUCUUUGGAAGUUUGGGGAAGCCCUGAAGCUCUUGCCAGAGAGAAGAAGCUACGCAAGGAAGCAGAAAUAGAAUAUAGAGAACGGCUGUUUAGAAACCAAAAAAUAUUAAGAGAAUAUAGAGAUUUCUUGGGAAAUACCAAGCCACGCUCUGGAACGGCAUCAGUGUUCUUUAAGGGACCAGGAAAAGUGGUGAUGGUUGCCAUUUGCAUCAAUGGAUUAAACUGCUUCUUUAAGUUUCUUGCCUGGAUUUAUACAGGAUCAGCAAGUAUGUUUUCAGAAGCUAUACAUUCAUUAUCUGAUACUUGUAAUCAGGGGUUACUAGCCGUGGGCAUCAGCAAGUCAGUACAGACACCAGACCCUUCACACCCGUAUGGAUUUUCAAAUAUGCGCUACAUUUCUUCACUAAUUAGUGGUGUUGGUAUUUUCAUGAUGGGAGCAGGAUUAUCUUGGUACCAUGGAGUCAUGGGAUUGCUUCAUCCUCAGCCAAUAGAAUCUCUUCUAUGGGCAUAUUGUAUUUUAGCAGGAUCGUUGGUAUCUGAAGGAGCUACACUUCUUGUUGCUGUAAAUGAACUUCGUAGGAGUGCUCGGGCCAAAGGAAUGUCAUUUUACAAGUAUGUGAUGGAAAGUCGUGAUCCUAGCACGAAUGUCAUCCUGUUGGAGGACACGGCUGCAGUGUUGGGUGUGAUGAUAGCAGCCACUUGCAUGGGUCUUACUUCUAUAACAGGCAAUCCACUGUAUGACAGCCUGGGUUCUUUGGGCGUGGGCACCUUGUUAGGUGUGGUCUCAGCAUUUCUCAUCUACACUAACACAGAGGCCCUCCUGGGGCGAUCCAUCCAGCCAGAACAAGUGCAGCGGCUUACUGAGCUAUUGGAGAACGACCCUUCAGUAAGGGCCAUUCAUGACGUUAAAGCCACCGAUCUGGGAUUAGGGAAAGUCAGAUUUAAGGCAGAAGUAGAUUUUGAUGGACGAGUUGUUACAAGAUCCUAUUUGGAAAAACAAGACUUUGACCAAAUGCUGCAAGAAAUUCAAGAAGUAAAAACUCCAGAAGAACUAGAGACAUUUAUGCUUAAGCAUGGAGAAAAUAUUAUUGAUACCUUAGGAGCUGAAGUUGAUCGACUUGAGAAGGAACUAAAAAAACGAAAUCCUGAAGUUCGGCAUGUAGAUUUGGAAAUACUCUAAGCAUCACCUUGGGAGCACGCUUCUCCAGCCACUCGACGCAGCCUGUUUUCUCCUGUCCACGCUGACCACAGCGCCAUCCAGCGGCCAUCGCGCCUGAGAGGAAGGAAGCACUGUGCGAGAACAGCAAUGGAACAGGCCACAGACAGAACUAGAACUGCCUUACUUCUGGAUGACCCAUCACUCUGCAGUUGGCGAACAUGCUGCUACUUCAGUUGUUGAUAAUUUCUCAUUCUAGCUGCCAGUGCGUAUUGUACUUUGCAAUCAUGUUUCCUUGCUUCACAUCGGUAAAAAAAUAAUUGGCAUCCCUAGGAUUAUGACUUUCAGUUGAGUUUCACUCUGUUAAAAUCUGCCAACCUGGAAUCUUGGGAUGUGGUUCUUGAACAGUCGCUGUGUUUCGGAGUAGGUCUUUCCUUAGGAGAUGGGUCAGUUCCUCCCACGUUCCCUAGGACUGCGACCUGAGGACUGGGAGCAGCACUCUUCUCAUCUUGUCCAGUGUUCAUUCCAGAAAUGAUUUAGUUACUGAACUGAAUGCAGACAUUUCAUUACACUCUUUUAGGUCAUAGUUGUAAUUUUGUAAAAUUUCUUGUUUCUCUUUUGCUUUUUUUCCUGAUUCAGUUUACUUUUUCUAAUGCUAAGAGCUAUAAGAUAAUCCCAGGCGUCGCCAUAGGCCAGUGUGAUAACUUUCUCUUCCUUCAAGCGAGUUUGCAGUGCCAUGUGUUUAUUUCUUGAUAAUACAGUUUCUAGCAUUUUAACAUUCUGUAAAAUGGACUAGAAAUAUUUAUAAUUUUAUAGACUGGACAGCAUUUUAUUUUUAAUUUAUUUAAGAAGAGGCACUAUGUAUGUGAAUCUGUGGGAUAUUUCUUGCUUUAAGGGGGAGAGAAGUAAAUCUCUUACACUGAAA